AUUGUCUCUCCAGUCUCCACAUCAUUCAGCUGUGCGGCUGAUUCUCGUUUUUGUCAAAGAUAAGUUUUCGACUUUUCGUUAAUUUUGACUUUUUGACUUUAAAUGCCAAUCAAGACUUCGAUUUAUUCUUAGGAGAAAGAAUGAUAUUAUGAGUAUCGUAUUGAGCACUUGUUAUUAAUCGUGCACAAUCUGUGAACCGUUAUUAUGAUGGCUACCGGUGAAUGUUAUUAAUCAUCGAUACUUGCCAAGAAUAGGUAUUUGGAUUCCGGUUAACCUUUGUUUCACAAUGGGGUUGAUAAUUUCAAGAUUUCGGAGAAAGAAAACUUGUAUGGAAGAAUUGGAACUGAUCGAAGAACAAAUUAUCAAAAUAGAAAAAACUAGACAAGUGACUGAAGAAGAACAGAGAAGAGUAAUUGGAAAACUAUUCAUUUAUUCUGUGGGUGCCUAUAUCCUGGCAUUGGCACUAUUCUACUUCUUCUUCUUCCCAGCUACAGUUAGGGCCAGGCUCUUCUAUACUGUUCCUCUCAUCAUAUUUCCAGUAAUUGUUUUUUUAUUGAAGAAGCUGAUCUCAUGGUUUUACAUCCGUCGUAUGGUGAGGCAAAGAGACUUAUUGAUGCAACUGAAAAGUGACAAACGUCAGCUGCUUGAUACAGUGAUGGAGAAGGAGACCUACAAAGUAGCUCGGGUCAUUCUCGAAAAGUUCGCUCCCGACCAGCUGAGGAGCUCCAAGCUGUCAACUCCUGUGAUUGAAAAAUCAAUUAUUCCUGUGAAGAAAGACAUCGUCCCGGUUCCAAAUUCAAACAAAGUAGUCAACUUACCGAUUAAUCCAACCAUCACUGAAAGUGGUUCAGAACUUAGGUAUAGGACACCAACUGUUAGCAUGAGAAAUGCUCAACCAAUCGGAUUUGAGAAUCUCGGUCCAGCGAUGAUGCGUUCACGACCACGACCAGUUUUGCCGCGCGACCCGGGCCUCAUCGAGAGGCUAGUGGACAGCCUGGUGGGAGACGGUCCCAGUCAUCGCUAUGCUCUCAUCUGUUCUAGUUGUCACAGUCAUAACGGCAUGGCUCUGCGAGAAGAGUUUCCAUUCUUAUCGUACAGAUGUUGCUACUGUUUGUUCUACAAUCGGGCAAAGCAGCAGAGACCAGUGCCACCCAAAUUACUAGACAAAGAAAGUUCUGAGAAGAAAGAAGAAGAUGAAUCAACUGCUUCAGAUUCUGGAGAAACAUCCGGAUCAGAUUUCGAGAACAUCAAACCCAAUUCUCAUGAUUUGGAGAAUGAAUCGAGUGUCGAAAACAACAAAUUUGAUCCAUCGGCGCCGGAACCAGAAAUGGAACCUUCCAAAGAGGAGGAGAAUCCCACUUCCAAGACUGAUAAAGACAUCUAGUUUAUCAUUAAUGAAUUUGAAACAUCGCUCUUUGUUAUUCAUAUUGUCAAUCAACAACUGGUGGCUGACUCUACUUCGAACGGUUUUCAAGCUUUAAAACCGCAAUGAGUUUCAAAAUAGAUUUAAAAAGUGAAUAUAGGCUAUUCAUAAAAACACUUCAAUAAUAUGGGCUACUUUUGUACAAAUUAAUGAAAACAAUAUAAAAACUUUAAAGUAUUUUAACGACUAGUUUCGACCAUAGGUCAUAGGUCAAGUUCAUUUUUAAACUUGAAAAUGAUAUGGUCGAUACCAGCCAUUGAAAUAUUUUUAAGUUAUUCUAACUAAAGUUAUUAACUAAAUAAUUUAGGCUAUUCAUACUAUUUCACUUCACAUUGUAACAAUUAAUGAGUUUCAAGAAUGUUCGUUCCUCUUUUGCUUCAAGAUCUAACACUGGAGGUUUUCAAAAGAUCUGAAAUAAUUUAUUAAUAUUUAUUUUGAUCAUAUAUUUUAAGUGUAUCUCAGAUAUCUUCAAAAUAGCAAAACUCCCUUCUUAAUGGGAAUACUCAGUAUUUUCAUAUUUAUAUUAUGUACAAAGUCUUGUUUAAUGAUCUAGUUUUAUAAAACUAGAUAUAAAUUAUUUAUUGUUUAUUCAUAGUUUUUGGGUGAAUUCUAGUGAUCCAUGUCAAUAUAACUUUGAUGGAUCCCGAAUGUUUCCUUGCAGACUGGUUGUGUAUGUAGAAUCACCUUUCUUUGUGAGAAUUACCUUUCAACCCCAACUAAUGCUCAAUGUUGUAAAGCUGUAGUUUUAAUAAUCCUUAUCAUUCUACUGAAAUUUUCUUAUAGAAAAUAAUAAAAGUUCUAUUCAACUUGGUAUUCAUCAUUCAACAAAUCAUUAUUUUUUGUGGUUGAUUAAUCAGUAAUCAAUUUUAAUCAGUAUUUGGAGUUGAACAUUUUACAAAUUAAUGACAAUUUGUAUUUUUACGUAUGAAAUAUUUAUUUAGAAACUAAAAUUUCAUAAUACAAUGGAAUACCUAGGAAUAAUAAUCUUAUUUGUUAUUUCAUGUUCAUCAUAUUUAUUUGAAAGUAUAAUGAGUGUAAACGGCUUCUUCCCAAUGCAUUUAUAUAGAAAUCAUAGCAAGCGUAAUCAAUAGGCGAUGUAAGUGAUGACGUAAGCCAUUGCUACGACACCAUUUUGGUUUCUAAACAAACCGUUGCUAUGGAGAGAGAGCAUGUUAUUCAACUGGGACUAAAACAUCACCUUACAUUUACGAGUAUAUCAAUGAAAUAAUAGAUUUCUAAGAGUUGAGAAUAUUUUUUUCAAGUUCUACACACUCAAAUCAUCAAUUUCCAGUAUUUAUUCAGAUCGAUUAAAUUUUUUUGGGACAGCCAAAGCAGAAAGUCUCACGAAGUAGAGCUUAUAGUACCAUGUCUGUAGUCUGCUAUGGAAAACCUACCUGUAGAGAAAGUUGAAGUGCAAUUUGAAUUAUUACCUAGAAUUUCAUUAGAUUGUUAUAAAGCUGUAAUUUAAAAAUUCAUAUGAAUAUAUUAUGUUUUUCUAUUGUUUGGUGUAACUGUUAAGGUGCAUACAGACUUUCGCUCUGCUCCGCAACCAAACGUCACUCCAGCAGAGCGAUUGAUGAUCGACCGUGGAGCAACAGUGGUUCGACCGGGGAACGCGAGAAGAUCUAACAUCUUCCGUAACGUUCAUGAUGGGUGCGUGGGCGGAGCGACUGUGGUUCGAUGGUGGUACGAGGGCGGUACGAGAGCGGUACGAGGGAGAAGCGUGCUCGGUGCGGGCUGGAAGCGCGAAUAUGUGUACGCAACUUAAGAGUAGACUAAUGCUUAAAUAUAUAGGUUAGGUGUUGUGGUUUAGCCUAGGUACUUACUUAUAAGUUUGGUGUUGAGGUUUUCUGAAGUAUAUAAUUGUUUUCAAUUUAAGUGAAACAGUAAGAUAUUGAAUGAACUCAACACAGUAAAAAGAUGUAGAUGCUGUGACCACUAAUCAUGUUGUAUACUUCCUACAUUCUAACUAAACGGUGAUGAUGUUUACAAGAAUUUAAAAGGAGUAAGUGAACAUGUAAAGUAAAGCAAAUAAUUAUGUAUUUUAUGUGCUACAUUCACUGUAAACAUAAUUGUAUUUGAAUUAUUGUAUUAAUAAUCUCACUAAUGUAGUUAUUCUAGAUAAAUUUGAUUUUUAUUAACAAUAACAUAACCUAAAAAUGUAGUACAGAACUUAUGGAGGCGAGCUAGACCUUGGGAUUUUCAGGAAAUCAAAAAAAAAAAAAUGGUAUGUAGCCUGCCUUUUCACUGUAAUGUUUACAGUCAGGAACAAAGAAAAUGUUCGUUUGCUUCAAACCAUUUUCAUUUGUCAUCGAAAUCAGACUGUAUACAUUUUCAAAUAAACAUUUCUAAUGUGAAACAGCAGACUGUAAAACUUCCAGCAUAUGCUGUGAAAGUAAACAUUGAAAACAAAAUAAUAAUUAAAAAUUUCAUUUAAGAAUUCAUGUGGCACUUUAACUUUCUCUUCAACAAGGCUUACCAUAGCAGACUACAUGCAUAGUACUAUGCACUACUUCGUGAGACUUUCUGCUUUGGCUGUCCCAAAAAAAUUGAUUCGAUCUGAAUAAAUACUGGAAAUUGAUGAUUUGAGUGUGUAGAACUUGAAAAAAAUAUUCUCGAAUCUUAGAAAUAUAUUAUUUCAUUGAUAUACUCGUAAAUGUAAGGUGAUGUUUUAGUCUCAUUUGAAUAACAUGCUCUCUCUCCUUAGCAACGGUUUGUUUAGAGACUAAGAUGGCGUCGUAGCAACGGCUUACGUCACACUUACAUCGCCCAUCCUGUUUUCCAACUGUAGAUUCUGUGUUACCAAUUCUAGACAUGUGUAAUGAAUAGUACUAGGAUUUAAUGUAAUAAAUAUUUCUUUUCGCACCUGUUUCAAAUUGUGAGACGGGAUGUUUCUGUUGAAAAGUAAAACUAUUUUCUACUGCUGAAAAACAAUUCAAAUGCUAACAGAUUUUUUCAUAAUUAUUGUAAGAAAAUAAUUGCAGAUUUCAUUGUAAGUAUGUUAUGGCACUCUUUGUUAUAAAAAAUUGAUUUCAAAUGCCAAUAAAAGUACCAUAAUAUUAAAUGUGA